CCGCUUCUGAUUCUAGAUUGUGCGGGAAUCCACCGUCAUUUAAUAAAAAUUUCAUUAAUUCCCAAACUAUCCCUCUGUCUCCACCGCAAAUCUCUCUCUCUCUCUCUACUCCGCCGUUCUCAGAUCCAGGUGAUCUGAGCCCGUCGACACAGUCGCCGCGGUUUCGUUCCGAUCUUGGUAGCGAUAAGUGAGAGAUGGAGAAUCUAAUCUCUCUGGUGAACAAAAUCCAGAGGGCUUGCAUGGCUCUCGGCGACCACGGCGAAGCCAGCGCGUUGCCUACUCUCUGGGACUCUCUCCCGGCGAUCACCGUCGUUGGUGGCCAGAGUUCAGGAAAAUCCUCUGUGUUGGAGAGUGUUGUCGGCAAGGACUUUUUACCUCGUGGGUCUGGAAUUGUUACUCGGCGUCCUCUUGUGUUGCAACUUCAUAAGAUUUCUAAAGGCAGCAGAGAAUAUGCGGAGUUUCUCCAUCUCCCAAGAAAAAGAUUUACUGAUUUUGUUGUCAACUUGACCCUUAUUGAUCUUCCCGGGCUUACAAAAGUAGCAGUUGGUAAGUCUGACAACAGUUGCAAGUCAUGCUCAUGCAUAUUUUCUCGUUGCAGAUGGAAAUGGCUAUUUCUGUAACAACAACAGGAAUUGCUAAUAUUGCGGAUGGUAAAAUGGGGUCUAGUAUGGGCAAUCCAAAUAGUAAUUUGCCAAAUUUUAUUUCACCUUUUAAGAGAAUGAAAAAAAUUUUAAGUGAAGGCUCUUCAUCCUCUCAUGGAAUCUCCACUGCAAUUGGAUCAAGAAGAGUAGGGUCUCGCCAGAUGCUCCCAGAUGCGGUUUUAGCUCUAAAGUCGUUAAUGCCCCUUAAAGAGGAGAAAGUGAGUUUUGGCUCCUUUGACAUCUCAACUGAUGAGGAAGUUAGGCAUGGGCUGAAAGUCUUUUCAAACUGGCCAACCUUUCCACAGCUUUAUUACAAAGGGGAACUCAUAGUGUUCCGAUGCUAUGAUAUGGAUUUCCGAUAUAAUUAAUGUUUCAUACUCCAAAUUUUGAUAAAUCUUAGCUACCAAUUAGUUUUGCUGCUUCUUUCUUUUUGUCAUAGCUUAUGUAGUUAUGGAUAUAUAUGUUUGC